AUGAACAGCGUCGGCGAGGCCUGCACGGAGCUGAAGCGCGACUACGACCAGUGCUUCAACCGCUGGUUCGCCGAGAAGUUCCUGAAGGGGGAGGCCGGCGCCGAGGGAGACCCCUGCGUGCAGCUCUUCAAGCGCUACCAGCUCUGCGUCCAGAAAGCUAUUAAGGAGAAGGACAUACCCAUCGAAGGCUUGGAAUUCAUGGGCUCCAGCAAAGAAAAGUCUGAGAACUCUUCAUAAAUCUGAUGACACCUGCAACCCCCCCCCCAAAAGACUAUGAAACAGGCAAACUAAAAUGAACUGGCUGCCAAACAAGGAACUCACCCUAAUACCGCUUAUGCGGGUGGGGAGAUACAGGGUGCUGCUUCCUUGCAAUGUUUGUCACAUCAGUCUAGGGACUGCUGCUUCGCUUCCAUUGUUGCCGGGAAAGUUUUAUCAUGAUUGCCUAUGUACAGUCAUGUGAAAAAGUAAACACCCCUAUUGAAAUUUUUGACUUCUUCAACCUACAGAUACUUGAACUUCCACAAUAUUGAUAAAGAGGACACAAUAUAACAUAUAUCAUGCGCUAUUUAAAUUUUGUGGACCAUUGUAAAUUUAAAUAAAAAUAAUUGAAAUUUUGCAUGUAUAACAAAGUAACUAUACCUCUGUUUAUCACUACCUCAAAUGUCUAAAAUAGGGUUUUAGAUGAGUAGAACAUUGUUAGAAUCUUGGAGGAACCUGUCGUUAAAGCAGGGGUAUCAAACUCACGUCAUCACAGCAGCGUCAUGCGAUGUAUCAGGACUUUUUUCCCCUUUGCUAAACUGCAUGGGCAUGGCCAGCAUGUGGCACCCAGUCCGCGGGCCAGGAGUUUGAUAGCCCUGUUUUAAAGCCUCAGGCUUUUAGUUUGGUUUAUACUGUUGCUGAAAUAUGUGGUAUCCUCCUGCUUAGCUUGAAAGAAUGCUUAGGCCUUCCAAAAGGUUAUAGAAAUCAAUGAGCCAUAAAAGGAUUUUAAAAGAUCACUGGAUAAUUGGGCAGCAAUCAUUCCAAUGAUUACAAGUGGAGAAGAUUUCAAACAACAGCCAAUUUGGCCAGGCAUUUGGUGGUCAGUGACCAAAAUAAAAUGACUCAUUGUCCAGCCUAGGGGGGCCGGUUAGGUUCACCCCAUGGGCAAAUGCAAGACCUCGAAAGAAAUCUCUAAGAACCUCAGAAUUAUGUCACAUGACCAACAGGUAUCUCUCUUCACUAUUGAUGUCUAAGUGUAUGACUCUACCAUUAGAAUGAAGCUGCACAAAUUAAAUCUACAUGGGAAGUGAGCCAGGAAACCUUUGACCUUCAGAAGGACCAUCAGGACAAGACUAGUUUCCUCAUGAACAUCUAGAUGUUGUGGUCCAUGACUUGGACAACUCUUGAGUCUAAAGCUGCUCCAACUAAACCAGUGGGAUGUCAGUCUCUGGAGACACCAACACAGGAAUCGUCUGAGGCUGAUCAAAAGCAUCAGACUAACCAGAGCAGUCGAAUCAUGAGGUGUGCCCCUUCAUCAAACACUUGACACGUAGAGCGGACAGCAGAGCCAAGAUGCUCAAUGAGGUUCUUUGUGAAAUGGGUGUGUGCGUUAAUUAAAAAUAGUUGGCUACUGCCUGGUUUAAGAGGCAGCUCUGACCCAUGGAAACAACUGUGAUUUCCUGUUGUGAUAAUAUGUUGUUCCUGUGUAAGAAAUCUGAAACUCUCACCCUAGGACUGGCUGAAGAGCCUGAUUUGCUCAGACCUCUGGACUGAAUCAUGACUGCUCUAGCCUGCCCUGUGGAAAGUGAGGCUACUUGGGCAAGUUUUAUCUUCAAAGACCCUGACUUACAUUACUUUGCUGAGCCUUAGGUAAAUUGCUUAUCACCAAGCAACUCUGUGUGUUUGUUUGGAACCUGAAGCGGGACACUAGGCAAAGAGCAGAAUUUCUGGAACAAUGUGCUCUGGACAGACAAGGCAAAAAUAGUGUUAUUUGGCUUUAGUAGCAGAAGACAUUAAAAAAACAGUUUGGUGUAGUGGAGAAAGUGCUGACCUAUAAAGCAGCAGACGAAUUCUAGUCCCUCGAGGGACAAAAUCCUGUUGCACGUUCUUGGUCCCACCCAGCUCAGAGUUAUGUGAGGAAAAUAGGCAGAACGCAUGUUCACCACCUUGAGUUGUGUAUGAAAAUAAUAAAAUUAGAUGGAAAAAAUAAAGGACAGCAUCUAUUUACUCAUUUUUAUAGCCGCCUGUGUCUGGUUCUGAGUAAAGUUAAAAUUUCACAAGAACCUGAUACCAUCUGUAAAGCACAGUGGGGGGAAAUGUUCUGGUCUGGGGCUGCAUCGGGGCCUGGACAGCUCCCCACCAUGGAACUCUGGGCACUUGAGGGUCACACGAGAGCAUCUCUCAGAAGAUUGAGGCUCAACUGAAAGUGGACCAUGCAACAUGACCAUGAUUCUAAACCCCACAGAACGACUGGAAAAGGAGAGAAGUGGCCGAGUCAAAGCCUGGAUCUGAAUCCCACCGAGAUGCUGAGAGGGAUUUGAGCUUGGCUCUGCGUGCAGGAAACCCUCCAAAACCACCAGCUGAAAAAAUUCUGUAGGAGGAGUGGAAAGAAGACAGACAGUCAUGAGAAAUGCCUGCUGGAGGGAGUUUCUGCCAAAGGGGUCAGUGAGAGGCCUUGGAGCCAAGGGCGGGAGAGGAGGACUUCCUUUUUCCCACAAGGAAAGGGCAUAUCUGUGUUGUUGAAUAAAUGAUUGCAAUGUCCAUUUUUCAUAGGCUAUUUUGUUCAAUCAAAUCACCCAUAUACUGUUUGACAAUACAAUAAUAGUAUGUCUAUAUCCCCCCCCCCACGCCCGGUUUAGCGAAGAGGGAAAAAGUCAAGAUACGUCACGUGAUGCUGCAUGUUUGACACCCCUGGUCUACAUAAUUUAAACUACAUAGGAUAUAUUUACUUUUUCACAUGACUGUAGCUCAUCAGGGCUGUGAACUUCCCUGUAUUGGCCAAGGCAGGUGGAUCAAGGCUAAGCACUAUUUCGGAGGGAGGGGGCUGCUGUGUUUUGCAUUUGAAUUUGUAGCUUGCAAUUCCAACAUCUUUUUCUGAGGCCUGGACAUUGACAUUUUGGAGUGGGGCAGGUGGAAGUGCUGUGAAGUCCUGGAUCAGUUGAAUUCUCUUGAAGGAUUCUGCCUGUCUGAAUGGAAAAAGGAGCACUCCCAUCUGUCUGGCUAAGGCUGUGUGGAUGCCUACAGGCCCUUUGAAGGUGCCAUUAAAGACAAGAUGGCACCUCUGCAACCCCAGAAUGUUGCCCUUUGAUCUAAGCUGGCUGCUCUUCCCAACCAAGACUGUUAAAUAGGCCGCUGCUCUUGUACCCUGGGCCACGUUCAAAAUCGGAGGCCAGAAGGCAAAGUUCCCUGGCAGCCUCUUCUCAUCUCAUGGGCAGAACCCUUAAUUCUUCAAAUCUAGAAAUGAAAUAAUUCAGUAGCAUUAGCAAUAAUUCAUGUGGCAUUAGAAUUAAAAAAAAACCUUACCAAUA